CCUCCUAAGUAGCUGGGAUUACAGGCACUCGCCACCACAUUCGGCUGAUUUUUGUAUUUUUUGUGGAAACACGGGGUGAGGGGGCGGCGGGUCUUGCUAUCUUGCCCAGACUGGUCUCGAACUCCUGAGCUCAAGCGAUCCACCUGCCUCGGCCUCUCAAAGUGCUGGAACUACAAGCGUGAGCCACCGCACUGGGCUAGGACAGCAAAUCUGAGUGAAUUUUCGUAGUUUCCUAGGAAACCUGGAUUCUACGCAACAGGAUGUCCUCAAACGGCUCAGGCGACUGCACUCUUCACUCUGUCCCCCUGCCCCACCCCCCACACACACACAUACACAUACACAUACGCGCGCGCGCGGAAAAAAAAAUAUCAGAUCUGUCUCAGCCUUAUGCCUGAGGCCAAAAGAGAAGGGUUCAGCGUCCUAAAUAUAACGCAAAGUAUGUGCCCAACCCCCAUCCCGCCAUACACACACCCCUAUCCUGGAGUUUGUCCAAAAAAGCCUCAGUUUCCCAAUAUGUAGACUGUGGGCAUCUGUCUUUUACUACGCCCGCCUAUGGCUGCUGACAGGCAUCCCCUCUGUUCAUUCGGUCCCUUGGAGAGCCAAGGGUGCAGCCCAGGGUGGGGUCGCAGCUGGAGACAGCCCAAACAUCCAAGGAGUGUGAGCCAAGCACAUGAAGAGAAGGGAAGGGAGACAAGGCACCCCGCACCCACAGGACCAGCCUGGACAUGCUGGGUGCUCCCAGGUGGGGCCCUAUCCACACUGGGUGCUUCCUUGGGAGGAGAAGGAAAGAGAGAGAAGGAGAGGGCAUCCCAGUUCUUGCAGCCACUGGGAAUCAAGUGACCCAACUCCGUCUUGGUCUUCAAGCAAACAAACAAACAAAAAUGGGCUGUGGGAAGGGUGAAUGUGGGUACGGACCCGCCCCUCCUCAGCUUCCUAUAAAAACUGGGGACUAGGAACUGCCGAUACACACACCAUGAGGCCCUCCAGGAGACAAGGGACCCUUCUGCUGGCCUUCGUGCUGCUCUGCACUCUCCUGGGUCUUGGGUGCCCACUACGCUGUGAAAUAUGUAAGGCGCCCGGGAGCAGGUGCCAUGGCCAAAUGAGGACCUGCAGCAGCGACAAGGACACAUGUGUGCUCCUGGUGGGGAAGGCUACUUCAAAGGGCAAGGAGUGGGUGCACACCUACAAGGGCUGCAUGAGGUCCCAGGACUGCUACUCCGGCGUUGUAUCCACCACCAUGGGCCCCAAGGACUACAUGGUAACCAGAUCCUUCUGCUGCCAGAGCGACGGCUGCAACAGUGCCUUUUUGUCUGUUCCCUUGACCGAUCGUACUGAGAAUGGCCUGAUGUGCCCCGCCUGCACUGCAACCUUCAGGGACAAAUGCAUGGGGCCCAUGACCCGCUGUACUGGCCAGGAAAACCGCUGCGUCUCCUUAUCUGGACACGUGCAGGCUGGUAUCUUCAAACCCAGAUUUGCCAUGCGGGGCUGUGCUACAGAGAGUAUGUGCUUCGCCAAGCCUGGUGCUGAACUGCCCACAGGCACCCAUGUCCUCUUCCUCCACCAGACAGAGUGCACUCACUCCCCCUGGAAAGCUAUCUGAACCGAGGAAGAUAUACGUGGCGUGAAGUCCCCAUUUGUCCUCAGCCUGUAACUCCCCGUGUGCCUAUAAAAAAGUUAAUAGAGCAAGCCUGA